CCCUUGUUUACGCUCGCUGGCUUCCCCGAAACCCAGGAGAUGGGCAAAGAGGAGCACGAGGUGGCUGUCCUGGGGGCUCCCUACAACGCUGCACCCAUGACCUCCACCGUGAUCAACAUCCGCAGUGAGACCUCAGUGCCCGACCAUGUCGUCUGGUCCCUCUUCAACACACUCUUCAUGAACUGGUGUUGCCUGGGGUUCGUAGCUUUCGCCUACUCCGUGAAGUCUAGGGACCGGAAGAUGGUGGGCGACGUGACGGGGGCCCAGGGCUACGCCUCCACCGCCAAGUGCCUGAAUAUCUGCGCCCUGGUCUUCGGCCUCCUGUUGACCAUUGGAUUAAUCAUUCUUUUUGCCACUGGCACAGUGAUGAGCCUCCAAGCCAUGUCACAGAUGCUGAAGAGGGAUGGGGCUGUCCUCACCCGAAUCCAGGGGAAGAACCUGCUGGGGCAUCAUUCCUUCUUGGUGGCCCAGAGGGAGCAGCCUGGGCACCUGGAUGGGCCAGAGGCAAACGGGGUGCAGGUGACUUCUGCUCCCUGA